GUGUGUUUGGAUGACUCACCUGUGGGCUGCUGGGUAUUUUUGGCUCAGCCUGAGCUCAGUUUGUGUGUCAGAGUUGAGCCGUUUGAGCAGGAAUGUAGUUUGACUUGGUCCUGGUCGUCUCUACCUGACACUGUCACAUUUUACAGCAGCAUGGCGAUGGCGGAGGCGGCGGCGGUUCCGGAGCUGUUCUCAGAGCAGGAGCUGACCUGCUCCAUCUGCCUGGAUCUGUUCGACAAGCCCGUCUCCACCCCCUGUGGACACAACUUCUGUCAGGCAUGUAUUGGCGGUUACUGGGCGUCCAGUUCCGUGUGCACGUGUCCUCUCUGUAAACGCCAGUUUGAUGAACGUCCUCAGCUCAGCGUCAACAAAGUCUUCGCUCUCAUCGCAGACAAAUACAAAGUGGCUCGUUAUGGCGCUGCAGGGUUACCGGUCAGGGACGGACCGCUGGAGAUGACGGGCGCUGUGGCAACGAACGCUGCAGAUGGCGGCGGCACUAACCCAUUUGUGACGGCGUCCAGUGAGGAGGUGGUGUGGUGUGACGUGUGCACGGGCGUUAAAAAGCCCGCCGUCAGCUCCUGUCUCACCUGCACCGCCUCCUACUGCACUGAGCACGUGCAGCCGCACCAGACCACGCCCUUCUAUGCCAAACACCCACUGAUGGACCCCUUGGAGGCCCUCAGGGGCCGCACCUGCCAGACACACCGCCGCCUGCUGGAG